AUUUCAAUUUUCACACACUUAUAAUCCUCACAAUCCAAACUCAAAACUUUUCCAUUUUCUCCUCUCUCUCUCUACUUUCCUCGUUUUUCAUUCUCAAAGACUUGAUUGAUUGAUUAUUUGUCCUUUUUUUAUUUAUUUAAUUAAUUUUAUUAAUACUAUUAUUCUAUAUGAAACACAUAUACUCUUCUUCCCCAGACCCAAAAUCAGAAGAAGAACAAGAACAAGAAUUGUCCCACAUCUACAAGCUACUACUCAAUCCCUCCAUUUAUAAAUCCCAUUCGAUGAACGACAAUGGCCCGGUCAGGAAACGACGGAGAAAAGACGAAAACGACAUCGUAUUGGGCGCUUCCGAGGAAGAAGAGGAGGAGAAAGCCGUAGUGGUCGAUUCGAAGAAGAAGAGCAUAAAAGGUAUAAUCACUUCUCUUCUUUUAAUAGACGAACAGGAAAAGCAAGACCACGACGACCUCAGCCGAGCCUCAAACGACGAUAAAUCGUUACUAAACGACAAUCACAAGAAGAAGACCAGAGCCAUGUUCGAUUACUACUCUUCCAAUUUCCAGGAUUCGAAUUCCGACGAGUCCCAACGCCUCAAACGCAAGAAAACUAGGGCAACGAUCGCCGCCGCAACAACCGCCGUAGCCGCGGCCGCGGUGGAGGAAUCACACAAGAAUAAGGCCAGUGCCGGCGCCGGCUCCGGCCACCAGAGGCGGUUGUGGGUCAAAGACCGGUCCAAGGCGUGGUGGGACGAGUGUAACCGACCCGAUUUUCCAGAAGAGGAAUUCAAAAAAGCUUUUCGAAUGAACAAAGCCACUUUCGAAAUGAUUUGCGAGGAGCUCAACUCGGUCAUAGCCAAGGAAGACACCACUCUCCGAAACGCCAUACCCGUACGGCAACGGGUCGCGGUUUGUCUGUGGAGAUUGGCCACGGGCGACCCGCUCCGACUCGUUUCAAAACGGUUCGGGUUGGGAAUAUCCACGUGUCACAAGCUGGUGUUGGAAGUCUGCUCCGCUAUUAGAAAUGUUCUCAUGCCGAAAUACUUACAGUGGCCGGACUCGGUCGGGUCGAUCAAGGAGGCAUUCGAAUCGGUUUCGGGUAUACCCAACGUAGUCGGGUCGAUGUACACGACCCAUAUACCGAUCAUAGCUCCGAAGAUAAGCGUGGCCGCUUAUUUCAACAAACGACACACCGAGAGGAACCAAAAGACGUCGUAUUCGAUAACGGUUCAAGGGGUUGUCGACCCGAGAGGGGUUUUCACCGACGUCUGUAUCGGGUGGCCCGGGUCAAUGCCGGACGAUCAAGUAUUGGAAAAGUCAGCUCUUUAUCAGAGAGCCAAUGGAGGUGUCUUGAAAGGGGUUUGGAUCGUUGGCGGGUCGGGUUACCCGUUGAUGGAUUGGGUUUUGGUUCCUUACACACAGCAAAAUCUCACUUGGACACAACAUGCUUUUAAUGAGAAGAUUGGUGAGGUUCAAAAGGUGGCUAAAGAGGCCUUUGCUAGGCUCAAAGGGAGGUGGUCUUGCUUGCAGAAGAGAACUGAGGUUAAGCUUCAAGACUUGCCUGUGGUGCUUGGGGCUUGUUGUGUUUUGCAUAACAUUUGUGAAUUAAGCAAUGAGGAGAUGGAACCCGAACACCGGUUCGAGCUCGUCGACGACGAGAUGGUACCGGAGGUUGCUAUGAGGUCGGAGAGUUCUAGGAAGGCUAGAGAUUCCAUUGCUCAUAAUCUCUUGCACCAUGGUCUUGCUGGCACUUCUUUUCUUUAGAGUCUUUUGUGUAUUUUUUUUUUUCUUCUUCUUUUGUUAUUAUUUGUGAUUCUUUUGAUUAUGGCUUUGUUUUGUAUAAGGUAACUGUUAGUACUCAGCAGUGAGAGUAGUUAUACUUCUUGACCUUAGGUUCAUAUUUAGCCUUGUGAUUUACCCAAAAAAAAAUAAUAAUGAGAUAUGAAUGAAAUUGAAGGUUACAAUACAA